GCCGGGUCUCGCCGGGCCGCGGGAACUCUGCCGCCGGCGCUCGGCUCGGGUCCUGCGCGCGGUACCGACGCGUCCGCCCCAGGGUGCCAGGACUGCCGCUCCCGGGGGCCCCGACCGGCGGGAGCGCUCUUCGGGACCCGUCGGCCCAAGACACGUGUCGCACUCACCAGUGUCGCCAUGUCCUCGGUGUUUGGAAAGCCCCGUGCGGGCAGCGGGCUGCAGAUCGCGCCCCUCGAGGUCAACCUAGCCAUCCUGGGGCACCGCGGGGCGGGCAAGUCCGCCCUGACCGUGAAGUUUCUGACCAAGAGGUUUAUCAGCGAAUAUGACCCCAACUUGGAGGACACCUACAGCUCUGAGGAGAUUGUGGACCACCAGCCUGUCCAUCUGAGGGUCAUGGACACUGCAGACCCGGAUACCCCCAAGAACUGUGAGCGCUACCUGAACUGGGCCCACGCUUUCCUGGUAGUUUACAGCCUCGACAGCCGCCAGAGCUUUGAGGGCAGCAGCAGCUACCUGGAGCUGCUGGCCCUGCACACCAAGGAGACACAGCGCAGCUACCCCACUCUGCUGCUGGGUAACAAGCUGGAUAUGGCCCAGUACAGGCAGGUCACCAAGGCCGAGGGUGCGGCCUUGGCUAGCAGGUUCGGGUGCCUGUUUUUCGAGGUGUCUGCUUGCCUGGACUUUGAGCACGUGCAGCACGUCUUCCACGAGGCAGUGCGAGAGGUGAGGCGGGAGCUGGAGAAGAGCCCCCUGGCCCGGCCCCUCUUCAUCUCUGAGGAGAGGGCCCCUCCCCACCAGGCCUCACUUGCCACCCGGCACGGGCUGGCCAGCUGCACCUUCAACACUCUCUCCACUGUCAGCCUGAAGGAGAUGCCCACCGUGGCCCAGGCCAAGCUGGUCACUGUGAAGUCAUCCCGUGCCCAGAGCAAGCGCAAAGCUCCAACUCUGACCCUGCUGAAGGGCUUCAAGAUCUUUUGAGAGCCCUCCUCAGGAGCCCUGGCUUGACUGCUGGGCAGAGCUGCAGAAUAGGGGCUGGUUUGUCACCACCAGUUUUUCCUCUGAUGGACCUCACCCUCUGGUGGAAAGCUGGCCCCACCUCCAGCACCAAGCAGUGACCCUACAUUCAGUUCAUUGUGUGAGCCAGAGGGACAGGCAGGGAUGCUGUUCCUGUUCCUGUCAGACCUCGGUUCUCACGGUAACCACUACACCUGUGACCCUGGAGGGAAAGAGCUACUGCGACAGCUCAGAAACCUGGGGUCAGCCUUGAGCAGGAAGAAACUGAAGUGUCCAUCCUGCUGCCAGGAUCCCUGCCUGCCAACUGUGGACCCUAGUGGAUGGACAGCUCUGAGAGGCCCUGUCCCCGUGAAGGCAGUAGAGAUGGCCCUGAAGGCCUAGCACCACCUAGUGGAGGGGAAUGGAAGAGCGGCUGCUCAGAGGCCAGAACCUGGUCCUCCCACUGUCAUCUUCUGACCUCAUAGAAGCCCCAAGCAGCAAAUUCUACAGUUUUUCCUGAAGAAAAUUUAGUUAAAAUAAUUCUAUUAUUUUAUCUGUUAUAUUAUCUGGAAUCAGGAUACUCCCUGGGAUCCCACUGUUAGCAAGAAAAGGCUCUCAGCUUGGACAGGGAAAAGUCCCAGGCAAAGGUAUUUCCAGCACUUUGCCUCUCCAUGCGGGUAAAAGGGAGGGGGCUGUAGGUUGCCCUGGGUAGGAAGACUAGCUCUCUCUCUCUCUCUUUUUUUUUUUAACCAACAUCGGGGUCUUCUUGUACCUCCUUUGUUAAAGACAGUGUCCACAGACCCUCAUGACCAGCCUCCUCAAGUUGAAUGACCAAGGCUGCAGGAUAGAUUUGUUCUCUCUAGUGACAGUUCCCCAGAGCCCCAGGGAGCCCACAGCUGGUGGGAUCAGAUGCCACCUGGCGGAUACUCAUGGGUAGAAACAGUAUACAUGUCUGUAGCCUGGCUUGGCAGGACCCAGGAUUCCUAGCAGUGGGUCGGAGACAAAACCUAGAUCAUUUGGGGUUAAUAAAGCAGACUUUUGCAUAAAUCAUUUGGUGUUACCACUGAGCUUAUGGCUCAGAUCUGGAAUCAGGACACUCUCUGAGAUCCCACUGUUAGCAAGAAAAGGCUCUCAGAGGCAGGGAGUGCAAUCGUUUCCUAACUGUUUACCAUGAAUCCUCAGCAGAUAAGCAGGUACAGGAGAGGACUCUGGUGGAUAGAAGGGCCAACAAGGGAAUUCUGACCCUGAAAUCCUGCUCCUUCCCCUCUUAAUCAGCAGUCCCAGGAGCUUGGAUUGGAAACAUCUCUAACAUAGUUUUCAGCCCCACUCCAAAAAAUGGAGAAGCUGAGGUUAGGGGGAGCCCACGAACUAUUCAAGACUGCAUACUGAGGGUCCUCGCCAGGGUUUCUGACCCACAGGCUGGCUGGGAUUGUACACUUUACUCCAAGCCACUGUGUGUUUGUGGACCACCAUUGUUUGAACAAACUAUGCAAUUCCAGCUGCCCACUCCCAGAAGCCUUUUAAUAAAAGAUUGUUUAAAUAACAAAUUUUAAUUUGAUUGAAGCUCACUCAUUGAAUCUGCUAAUGAAAACAUUAGGCUGGGGGGGGUGGGGUGGACUAAAACCAGAGACAUUCCAGGCCAUGAGGUGAGCUCAGGUUGGGAUCCUGAGCCUGGGAGGGGAAUGACACAUGCUCUGAGCACUCACUGGAUCUCAGUUUCUGAUGGAUCUGGAAGGAGGACCGUUGAGACAUCUUUCUCUUUUAACUCAGGUCCCACCUGGGCCAAGUUUGGAUUUCCUGAGAGCAGCAUCUCUGUUAGGUUAUUUAGGCUGUUGUUUUCUUUGGUUUUGGACUCAUCCAAAUGCAGGGCUUCUGGUGUUACCUUUUCUUGUGGCUGCAUCUUUCGAUUUCUGAGAGGAGAGGAAAGAGUAUUGAUCAGGGAUGCUGAGGGAGUGGAGCAGGCCUGGCUCUCCCCAGUGGGUUAGAGAGUUUGAGGAGGAAAUCCAGUGUACAGUCUGGGAGCCAUUUGAGAAGAGUGGCCAUGGUUUGACGUCCCUUCAAUAAACAGCUUAUACUUGCGUGUGCCUCACUUCAUCAAAUCCUUUACUGCCACUUGUGAGCCCAGCAUUAUUACCAUCCCCCCUUACAGAUGAGGAAAUGUGGCUUACAGAGGUCAAAGAAGGCCAGGUGUGUGGUGCAAGCCUGUAAUCCUAGCAGCUCAGAAGGCUGAGACAGGAGGAUUGUGAGUUCAAAGCCAGCCUCAGCAACUUAGCGAGGCCCUAAGUUGUGGACCACCACUGUUUGAACAAACUAUGCAAUUCCAGCUGCCCACUCCCAGAAGCCUUUUAAUAAAAGAUUGUUUAAAUAACAAAUUUUAA